AUGGCUAUAAUUCAAAUGCAUUGCCUCUCCCCCAGGACAGCACUGCACCAAGCUAAACCUCCAGUUCCUCCAUUGGAAAAAGAGAGGCAAGUGGGGACAACGACCAUCGCCCUGCAUUAUGGGUCACUGUGUGGGAAAUCGUACUCUGGUCUCACACUGUUAAGACUGCAGGGAUUUAUAUGCCAGGGUGGCCACUUCACAGGCCAUAAUUAUACAGGUGGCAAGUUCUUCUAUGGGGAGAACUUAGAUGAUGAGAAUUUCAUCCUGAAGCAUACAGGUCUUGGCAUUUUGUCCAGGGCAAAUGCUGCACCCAACACCAACAGUUUCCAGUUUUUCAUGUCCACUGCCAAGAAUGACUGGUUGGACGGCAAACAUGCAGUCUUUGGAAAGGUAAAAGGCAGCAUGGAUAUUGGGGUAGCCAUGGACUGCUUUGGGUCCAGUAACAGCAAGACCAGCAAGAAAAUCACUACUGCUGACUGUGGACAACUCUAA